UUUCUUUCAAGGAAAAAAAGUGAGACUUCCUGCAAAGAAAAAGAAAACACAUGCAAUGGCAAACAAUUAACCAACGCCUCUGCUUUCUUUAGCAAACUGUGCAAAGCUAAAAGAAGAUCGAGAGGGAGGGGAGACUCUUUCAAAACAUGCAUCCCUCAACUUCGGGCCACCCCUGACAGCUCCUCCAUUCCCUAUCCUCUCUCUUCUCCCUCUCUCCCCGCCAUUGCAUGCCCCCACGAACCAUUGCACGCCCAAACGAUCGAGGCGUUUUGCGCGCGCAGGGGCAUCCGCCAUUGCUCGGAGCUCGGCUUCCGUUGCUGUUAGCCGCGAGAAAUGGAGAGGAUACCGAUACCAAUCGCGAUGCUGCCGCAGAAGUCGAGCAGCUUCUCUCAGGCCACCAUCCGCGAGGAGAAGCUCGGCCGCAACCUCUCCCUCGGCGCCAUCAAGCUAAACGAGCACAUCGAGCGCGUCAAGAAGGAUGCCGCGGAAGCCGCCGGCGACAAGAAAGCAGCGGCGGGCGGCGGAGAGGGUGGCCCCGCGGACGGCGAGACGCCGGAGCUGCCACCGUAUGAGGAGCCGGACCUCGCCGAGCUCUCGGCGGAGGUCGAGGCCUACCUCGCAAGCCGGGACGGGGACGCGCCACUGAGCAUCUCGGAGGUGACGCUCGACAGGUUCGCCUCCGCCGUGGAGGUGGAGAUAGCGCAGUCGGAGGGCGAAGAGGAUAAAUGGGCGCUGCGGGAGGACGGCGAGCAGCCGCUUCUCCUCGCCGCGAUCAAGCGCGUCGUCACGCUCGCAUCCGUGCUCACCGCGAGCGGUGGCGGCAAUGGCACAGAGGGUGCCGUCAGGUACACCAUCGGCGUGCACCGCGUCACCGGCGUGCUUCACCGCUCCAUGACGUUCCUCGAGGACGAGCUCCAUGCGCUGCUCGAGGACCCCCGCCUCGGCAAAACUUCCAACGCCAGCGAAUCCGGCAGCGCUUCCGCCAAGUCCAUGAAGCGCCCGCCGUCGUUCGGGCAAGGUGGCGACCCAGAUCGGAGCGUCGUUCCAUCCACCGAAGGCGGCACUGGAGGCGACGACGCCUCCCAGCCGUUCCCCCCGGAGACUGUGGACCAUCUCCGCGCCAUGGUCGACGUCAUGAUCACCGCGGGCUACGAGACGGAGUGCACCCAGGUGUUCCUCGUGGCGCGCAGGAACGCGCUGGACGCGACGAUGCAAGGCCUCGGGUACGAGAAGGCGAGCAUCGACGAUGUGGUGAAGAUGGCAUGGGAGGGGCUCGAGUCGGAGAUCGGGACAUGGAUCAAGGCGUUCCGGCACAUCGUCAAUGUCGGCCUCUCCGCCGAGCGCGACCUCUGCGUCCGUGUCUUCGCUGGCCGCAACGCCGGCCUUGGCCGCGAUAUCUUCGCGGACCUUGCCCGCUGCGCCAUGCUCCAGAUGUUUAACUUCACGGAGGCCGUAGCUAUGACCAAGCGCGCCGCCGAGAAGCUCUUCAAGGUGCUCGACAUGUACGAGGCUAUCCGCGAUGGAGCCCCCGUCGUCGACGCCUUCAUCUCCGUGCACAAAACCGAAGCCGGCGAGAACCCAGAUGGCAACAGCAGUGGCGCCGAAGCUCUGGCCGACCUGAAGGCAGAGCUCGCCUCUGUGCGGUCCCGCCUAGGCGAGUCGGCCGCCGCCAUCUUCUGCGACCUUGAGAGCUCCAUCCGUGCCGACGCCGGGAAGCAGCCGGUCCCCGGCGGUGCGGUGCACCCGCUGACACGCUACCUGAUGAACUACCUCAAGUACGCGUGCGAAUACAAGAACACGCUGGAGCAGGUGUUCCGGGAGUUCCACCGGCCGGACGCCGACGACGCCCCCGGGCACGACGGCGAGAGCAACCCGUUCGCUGCGCAGCUGAUGGAGGUGAUGGAGCUCCUCCACGGGAACCUGGAGGCCAAGUCUCGGCUGUACAAGGACCUGGCGCUGAGCAGCAUCUUCCUGAUGAACAACGGGCGGUACAUGCUGCAGAAGAUCCGGGGCUCGCCGGAGAUCAACGCGGUGGUCGGCGAGGCGUGGGCUCGCAAGCGGUCGACGGACCUCCGGCAGUACCACAAGAACUACCAGCGCGAGACGUGGGGCCGCGUGCUGAACGUGCUCCGCGACGACGGCGUGAUCACGGUGAAGGGGCACGUGCAGAAGCCGGUGCUCAAGGAGCGGUUCAAGCAGUUCAACGCCGCCAUGGACGAGAUCCAGCGGACGCAGGGCGCGUGGGUGGUGAGCGACGAGCAGCUGCAGUCGGAGCUCCGGGUAUCCAUCGCCGCCGUCGUGGUGCCAGCGUACCGGUCCUUCCUCGGCCGCUUCGCGCAGCACUUCACCGCGGGGAGGCAGACGGAGAAGUACAUCAAGUUGAGCGCGGACGACCUCGAGGGCAUCAUCGAAGAGCUCUUCGAGGGCAGCGCCGGGUCCAUGACGAGGAGAAGAAAUUAACCGACGAACUGAACCCAUCCAUCGGGCAGCGGCCGGCGCCGCCCUCUGCUCUCGAUUCCGGCGACGAAAUGUACCUCCUCCGCUCUUGUUACGUACGAUUUUGCUCUGCUUUUUUUUCACCGCGUCGGGUGAUCAAUCCUCGCCUCGGUCGCGGCGGACAGAUAGAUGUGUGCGUGCGUGUGUAUCCGUUGAUCGAUCCGAGCGUUCAUGCGUGUUAAUUAAUUACCUGUUUAUAUAUAGUAACUCUCUUGAUUCUUC